AUGGAGCCCGUGGGUGCCUGGGGCCCUGCGCGGGCAGCCGCCUGGCUCCGAGGGCUGGACGCGGCGGUGCAGGGGUACCCCUUCGAGGCCUGGGGGCUGGCGGGGCCCGACCUGCUGGGGCUGUCGGCGGGGGCCCUGGAGGCACUGGGCGUGUGGCGCCUGGGGCACCAGGAGCUGCUGCUAGAGGCCGUGGAGCAGCUCCGCGCCCUGGACGCGGGGCUGGCGAGCACCAGCCUGCGGACACUGACGGAGAGGCUGCGGGAGCUGGCGCAGGGCACCCAGAGCCUGGUGCUGGGGGGCUGUCGGCAGGGCUGCCCCCAGCCGCCCCCCCUCGCCCUCCUGGCCCGCGUCGUCGACCUGGUCGGUGCCGCCAAGGGGCUCUUCUCCUGGCUCAACAGAUACCUCUUCUCCACCCUCAACGACUUUUCGGCCAGCCGGGACAUCGUCCUGCUCUGCGCCCAGCUGGCAGAGACGCUGCAGGCGGACUGUCCCGUGGCUGAGAGGGACAGCCGGAUCCUGCGGAUUUGCCAGCACAUCGUGGGCAUCUGCGAGAGCAUCGUGGGCUGCAGCCCCCCGGCGCUGCUGGACCGCAGGGCUGUGCUGCAGCGCGUGGGGCUGGCGCUGCCCCCCUGCCCGCGGGGCAGCCCCCCGAUGUCUCCCGACACCCCGACGCUGCCCGCUGGCCUGUGGGAGCCCCCAACAUCCCCUGACACUCCAAUACUGCCCCUCAGCCCGUGGGAGCCCCCAACGUCCCCUGACACCCCGACACUGCCAUCUGACCCCCUGGGGAGCCCCCCGCCGCUCCUCACUGCCCCGCUGGGCCUCGAGAUCACCUCCACCAGCUCCUGCCUGCACUUCGUGUCUGCGACCACCUCGGAGGCCCUGGCUGCCCACGGGGGCCGCAUCCUGCCCGGAGACGAGAUCGUGCAGGUCAAUGAGCAGGUCGUGGUGGGUUGGACACGCGUCAACCUGGCAAAGAAGCUGCUGGAGAAGACAAGCGGCGUGACGUUGGUACUGAAGAAGAUCCCGCUCGACCUGCCUGGCUCGCCCCCCUCUCCCAGGCAGCAGCUCCCAGGAGCAUUUUCGGAUGCUGCGGAUCCCCCCGGCACCAGGAGCGGCGAGUGCCUGGGCAGCCCUGUGUCCCUGACCUCCAGCGCUGCUGCCAACUCAGACUCGGGGUCAGACUCGGUGCCGGACCCCGUCACCAACGAAGAGGACGAGCAGGACUCGAGGCUGCCCAGGGCGGCCGUGGGGGAGCUGCCGGGGCUGCCCAGCUGCGGUGCUGCAGAGGAGGAGGCGGCGUGGGUGGGUGGCACCCCACCGGGCACCCCGUGCUCUCCGGGCACCCUUGCUGUCGCCGGACCCUGCGCCGCAGAGCUCAGCCCCAUAGCAGCCCCCACCACAGGGGCUGGGGGCACGGAGCCUGGCCAGCUCCCUGGGGAGGGCAGCCCCCAGACGGGACGCAGACCAAAAGGAGUGGCGACCAGGCUGAGCCGCCGGCGGGUCUCGUGCCGGGACCUGGGCCGGGUGGACUGCGAUGGCUGGCUCCUGAAGAAGAAGGACCACGUGGGCUUCAUGGCCCAGAAGUGGAAGCGGUGCUGGUUUGUGCUGAAGGGCCACACGCUCUACUGGUACCACCAGCCCAAUGAUGAGAAGGCUGCAGGACUCAUCAAUGUGGCCACCUAUGACCUGGAGAGCACGAGGGAGCAGAAGAAGAAAUACGUGUUCCAGCUCUCCCAUCAGAGGUACAAGCCCUUCGUCUUUGCCGCAGAAACGCUGGCUGAUCUGAGCAUGUGGGUCAGUCACCUAAUAACAGCCAAAACAAAGUAUGCGCUCGCCCACCAGUCGGUCCCAGACAGAGAGGAAGACUGCUACAGCGAGACAGAAGCCGAGGACCCUGAUGACGAGUCCCCCGGACACAGAUGCGACUUGCCAAAGAAGAGGCUGCAAAAUGCCCCGGAGAAAGCCCAGCUCUUCCCAGCCAGCGGCGAGCCCAGCAGCGCAGCCAGCAGCCCCCAGGGCAGCCCCCGGCCCUGCUCACCCAUGGACCCCGCUGGAGAGGAUCUCGAGUGCCUGAUGCAGUGCCUGAAGCAAGGAGGGGUGUCCCUCAUCGGGCGGCAGCGGUUCCUGACGCAGGAGCAGUGCCGCAAGUCCUUCAUCCGGCGCAACAAACCCCACAUCAACGAGAAGGUGCACGCGGUGCGGGCCCUGCAGAGCACGCUCAAGGCGAAGCUGGUGGAGCUGGAGGCUCUGGAGCAGUUGCUCAGCGAUGCUGCGCUCACCUCGGAGAAGUUCACGCGCUGGAAGGAAGAGCACCAGGAGCUGUACCAGGAGCUGCAGGAGUGGUGGGCACGGCAGCAGGGCCAGGAUGGCGACGGGGGGCUCGGGGCCGAGCACAGCCUCCCCGAAGAAGCGGCCGAACCCUGACGUCCCGCCGGGACCUCUCUGGCACGAAUCGUUGCCAAUAAAAAUCACGGUGCUGCGGGAGCAAAG